UUCCUAGACAAACAGUUGAAAUCCGUUCCACGCGAGACGAUUUCCCAACAACUGCUGGAUGUAGGAUUUAACAAGGAGAGACAGUCCGAACCAGUCGGUGGAUUGUCCGGUGGCUGGAAGAUGAAGCUCGAGUUGGCAAGGGCUAUGCUCUACAAGGCCGAUUUAUUGCUUUUAGACGAACCUACCAACCAUGAGAAAAAGCUGGUAUAUUACCCAGGAAAUCUUUCCAAAUUCGUCGAGAUCCACCCCGAGGCAAAAUCUUAUUAUACUCUAGCCGCCACCUCAAUUAAAUUCUCCUUCCCUCCACCUGGCUCAUUGAUGGGUGUCCGUAGUAACACUCGGGCCAUCUUGAAGAUGAAGGACUGCACUUUCACCUACCCUGGACGGCAAACACCUAGUUUGAUCGACUUCCCUUAUACAUUCCCGAUACUGGCUCCUAACCCUCUUGCAGCCAAUGGCGUUAUCAAGACGGACAUGAUAGUAAGACUUUGUUGUGUCGACAUAGUGUCCACCUUGACUAUCCAACUAGGGGAGCUAUUGGAAAAGAGCACCCGAACUCUUACGGAGGAAGAGCUCAAAGUUCUGGAUCAAGACUUUGUUGGUCGAAAUGGAGAAAAGCGAAAGAUAGAAUUUAUAAUGGGUCGACAAAAGCUCAAAAAAUCUCUCCGAUAUGAGAUCAAGUGGCGAGGACUCGAUCACAAAUGGAACACAUGGCUUCCACGUGAAGAACUACUAGAAAAGGGUUUUACUAAGCUUGUUCAACAAUUCGACGAUUUAGAAGCAUCCAGAGAAGGAGCUGGCGCCCGAGAAACAACAUUGUUAGCCGUGCGGAAAAUGCUUGAAGACGUGGGAUUGGAUGGAGAUAUCGCACAGUAUAAUGAAAUGAGCGGUUUGAGCGGUGGACAAAAGGUUAAAGUGGUUAUUGCUGCAUCACUGUGGAAUAAUCCCCAAAUAUGUGUACUUGACGAGCCAACGAACUUUUUGGACCGUGAAGCUUUAGGCGGUCUCGCAGUCGCUAUUCGUGAUUGGGCCGGUGCCGUCGUAAUCAUUUCGCACAACGAAGAGUUCGUCGGCGCCCUCUGUCCAGAAAUCUGGCAGAUCGAAGCUGGCCGAAUGACCCAUAAGGGGAAAGCUGCCGUUGUCGAUGAUGCAUUCCUCGAUAAACCAGGGAAAUGGAGUACGGGCGUCAACACGCCAGCAGGCGGUUCUAGAGGGCAGACACCCGCAGCUUCUGCGCAUGCUACACCUGCAGCCAGUGGUGACGAGGGCUCAAAGCCGAAUUCCGGAGUUGCGACACCAGCAUCUGGAGUAGUGAAAAAGAAAAAGAAGCUGACAAGAAACGAUUUAAAGGCACAAGCUGAGCGACGAAGAAUUCGCAAACUAAACUGGCUUACCUUUGGCGGCCCUAAGCCGGAAGACACGGAUAGUGAUUAG